CGAGCGCACGGCGCCGCGUGCAGGUAGUCUCGUGCUCGUUCUCCACGUUCCUCCACGACGCGAGAGAAGUCUUUCCGCCUCGGCUCGUCACCGUUCCCUUUGGAUUUACCGCCAACCGCCGAUAUCCGAUCAACGACACCAAGCUCCGCUGCUUGGAACCUCGAUUGGAAGGGUUGAAACGGCGACUGUCGUCGCCUUGAUUCAUUCGACGUAUGGACAGAGGAGGUGGUGGGUUUAACUUCGCUGGAGAGGGUUGAUAUCGUGAUUUUGCUUUCUAAAAUUUUGGUUUCGUGGAAAAAGUGAUGGAUUUAAUGGAUCGAUGAUUACGUGACUUUUAUCUCCAAUCCUGAAGAAUGGCUGGAUCUAAAGAUCGGAAGUUCGAUUGAAAGAGCAUCGUGAUUUUUCGUUUCCAAUCCUGAAGAGCGACUGGGAGGAUUUAAAGAUCGAAACUUCGAUUCGAAAGGGUUGAAACGAGGAAUCCAGAACUUUGGGAGUCAGAUCCUGAUGAAAUUAGACAUGGGGAGAAGGCGAAUAUCGAUUGUUUCGAUCUUUGCGGCAAACAAGAGGAUGUUUGGAAGAGGAGGUUGCCGAAGAAACGAGUUACCGUUGAUUGUGGCUUCUUGAUGCAGAUGGUGAUGUUCCAUGCGAGUUGAAUCUCGGUACUUGGUGAUUUUUCUGUGGCCGAGAAGGGAGCAAAGGAAAGCAACGGAUUUCUUGUUCGAGGAGCUUGAUGACUCGUCCAGUGUAACUAGGUUUAGAUUGUUUAGAGCAAGACUGGUAUAGCGGUGUGACGAGGCGAGAAAGAUUGAGACAUUAAUGCUCGCUUUUGAAGUCUUCUACAGUUUCUUACAAUCGUUUUAUGAAACGUGUAUACACGAUAAAGUGGAAACGAACAGUAUAUACGUUCGAAGAAUAGAACGAGGGAGAAGAGAGAGGAGGGGAAUAGAAGUGUUAUUCUUUAGCUCACAUUUAUCUCGAUUCUAUAAAUUAUUUAUGAAUAAAGUGAAAGAUAAAUGCGGAAAUUAAGCGUUCAAAGUAUAUGUAAUAAAGUGUUAUGAGGAAUUUACCGUUUUAUUAUUAAUUUUAAUUGAAAUUAAUUUACAAGAUACACAUGUCUUUGAAAUUUUGGUGAAUUUUUGAAACGGGAACCUGGUGGAAGAAUUUAAAAAAGAGAAGAAGCCACAAUCGUGCGCAGAAGCACGUGGCACGCUGAAGUGGAACGAAAGGGAGAGAUGCAACGAGUCGUUAACGCCCGGAAGUGAGGUUUCCUUACCGAUCGAGGAAUAAUAUUUUUAAACGCUUCCUGAUCACGCCAAUAGACAAUACGGUGGAGAGAGAAUUUUCCGGGGAGUUCAAUGAAAAACAUAAGCAUAAUAAUUAAAACAUCUGUCUAACUGUUCAUCGAGAAGAAGGAGUUUAUCUGGAGAUCUUUUCCUGCUCUUCCCCUUCCCUCCCCUUCCCUCCCUCCCCAGAAGAAUAUUUAUCGAGGGUUCCCAGUGUCGACGAUGGAGGAAAGGAGAAGGCUCGCAGCGUUUAUCCAGGUUGCCGUGAAAGAUCACUUGGCUCGUAGAUCGAAGAGGUGACUUCACUUGCCAAACGAGUUUAUGUUUUUAAUCGAGUCUACGACUCGUCUGGCAACGGGUUCUCUCUCGGUACAUCCGGCAUGCAAUUGCUGGAUACGAAUCCUCGAUACAUGUUUGCAGAGGGAUCAUCUGCCGGGGCCUCUUUCAGCGCUUGGCCACCUGUUUCCGUACACGCGUUUCUUUUACCUUUCCUUCCAUCAAACCUUGGACGAACUCGAGUAUUGUCGUCCUUCCAUUUGGUAUAAUUUCAAUCAUUGUCCGAUAAAUUGAUUCGGAAGGAACGAUUUUUAUGCAACGAUCCUAAAUGAAAUCCUAUUGAUAAGAUAAUAGUCGAAAAAUAAAAUUUGAAAGUCUUAUUUACUUUGGACAAAUAUUAGAAGAGUGUAGAUUAAAUAGAGUAAAAAAAAAAAUGAUGAUAAAGGACGCAAAAGGAAAAAAGUCCUGCGUGGCAAGUGCAGCAAGUGGAUCAAGCUUGGAGAGGGCUAACGAAUCGCGCGUGUAGACAUUGCAAACAGAACUAUCUCUCCACGGGAGGAUCAGAGAGAGGAGCCUAGCCUAGAGGAGUGAGAAUUUGUAUUUGCUCGGGACCAGUCGUAGAGACCAUGUCGCUCGCUUCGAGACCGCUGCUCUUAUCUCGAUUUCAAAACGCAAUUUUACUUUGAACACGUUUCCACGUUUGUGUAAUCUUUUGUGCUUUGUGUAAUCUCGUGAAUUUUGAGAAAAAAUUUGUUCAUCGUGUGUGUGUUUGUAUAUAUGUGCGCGCGCACGAAAUAUUUUGUCAUUAAAGAAAAUAAUAACGUCGAGAAAUUAUUUCUUCGAUUUUCUUUUUCGAAAGAAAAAACGUGGAAAAAAAGAAACACUUUCUUUUCCUUUCGUUCUUCUUAAACGGAAAGAAUAAUUUACACAAAGUGAAUGGAAAUACUUGUUGAACUUGUAAAUAACUGGUUUCAUAAAAUGAAACGAGGACGCGUUAUCUUAUGGGCCGAGCAAGUUUAUCCAGAAAAAAUGUUAUUUUAAUUCUAAAAAAGAAUCUGGAAAAGGAUUUCUAAGUAUGAUUCACUUGUGGAAACGAUAGGGGAUAGACUCGGAGAAGAUGAAACGAAUAUACUCGUAGUUUACAAUCAGAGAGAAGAAAAUGUUGAAGUGGAUAAAAGUGAGGCAGGACGCGUCGGCGACGCCGACGACGACACUCAGCCACGAAAAGAAGGACGAGAUGGUGGCAAAGGUCGAAGUUGAAGAAGCGGUGAAAGAGGAGGAGGAGGACAGUGGCAUGGAAAGAGAGGACACACCGUCCAACAUCGAGUUGAACGAUCUACGAAAAGACCUUUUCUCCCAGCUGCAGUUUUCGCAAGAGAGCGCGUUGCCUCCUGACACGCUGCGCCGUGCUCUGGCCGAGAGUUUUCUCGAUCAGCAAAGAUUCCAGCUUGGAUUCAUGGACGACGCGGCGGAAUGUUUCGAAAACAUUCUUCUGCGUAUACACCUUCACAUCGCCAGUGGGGAGGCGGAAGACAUGUGCAGCGCCAGACACUGCGUGCCCCAUCAAAAGUUCGCCAUGACAUUGGUCGAGCAAAGCGUUUGCGGAGCUUGCGGUGCCACCUCAGAACCUCUGCCUUUUACACAGAUGGUUCACUACGUAUCAGCAUCAGCACUGACGUCGCAGGCUCGACAAACACCACCGAAUUCUAGAAACAGUCCCGAUCUAUUCGGUCAGCUCCUUCGAAAAGCCGGAGGCAUGGGCGACAUCAGAGAUUGUCCAAGCUCUUGCGGCGCGAAAAUACAAAUAUGUCGAACCCUGAUGAACCGACCGGAAAUCGUUUCCGUCGGAGUCGUAUGGGAUAGCGAACGGCCUUCGUUGGAGCAUAUCAUGGACGUUUUCGCUACCGUGGGAACGUCCCUCAGAUUGAGCGAUGUUUUCCACAGUGUGGUGGACUCUAGAUGGGGUGCCUCGACCGUGCAUAAUCUCGUUGGAGUCGUUACGUAUUACGGGAAACACUACUCCACCUUCUUCUUCCACACUAAACUCAAGGUAUGGAUCUACUUUGACGAUGCGACCGUGAAGGAGAUUGGUCCACGCUGGGAGCAAGUAGUGGAGAAAUGCAGGAGGGGUAGAUAUCAGCCGCUGCUUCUGCUGUAUGCGACCCCCGGUGGGACUCCAGUGAACACGGAAAACGCCCCGAAAACCGUGACUCCUUUCCCGAACGGAAAUGGGCUGAAGACACCCCCGAAGAAUAAUGUUCGACGAUCGAUUACCCCCAGCCCGGAAAAACCAUCGAUCAACAGCACAGCCAGACGUGCCAUCACGCCCAAUCCCGACAGCCCCCCUCACCCUUACACGCAGCGUAGGAUUUACAGCGAUUAUCAGAACCUGACCGAUAUACAGAAUAAUAUAUUUGGGAAUCAGGGUGUUGAUACCGUGGACGGGGAGGUGGAGUCGAAAUAUAUUAGUCGACGCGCGGUCGAGAACGUGAUGCAGCAGCAGAAGAAGCAACAAAUGCAGCUGACACGUAGUCUGAGCGCGGGCUCGACACCGCAGGACGCCAUCAGUAUUCCGGAUCACUUGAACGUGCCGCGGAGGCGGGAUUCCGGGAACUGGUCGGGCGAUCGAAACAGCGCCUCCUCGAGUUCCUCCACGACGAUGGACAAUCCGUAUCUGUACAUCGUCAAUAAAAUGCAGAGGAACUCGGGCGUGCCGAAGAGCCCGACCAGCAAAUCUGGAGAACUCUCGAGCAGCAGCAGCGGCCAUUACGAUGCCGGAUACGAUUCGUAUUCCUUGUCUUCCACGGACAGCCUUCCGCUCCAACAGGGUCUGAAGCAUAAUUUGCAGCUUGCCCAGAUCCCGGAAGGCUACCAAGCUUCCUCAGGCGACGACUGCGAACGUCUCUGCAAGGAAACCGACGCGCUCUUGGACAAAUCCCGAGCGGCCGAGGAUGCAGGGGAUCUCAGCACCGCUGUUGCUCUGUGCAGCGCAGCCAGCAGCAAAGCUAGAGCUGCCAUGGACGCGCCGUACAACAACCCUCACACGAUCACCAUAGCGAGGAUGAAGCACAAUACUUGCGUGAUGAGAACAAGGAGUUUGCACAGAAGGAUGUUGCAGGAGCAAGCAACGGCCAAUGGAGAAAAGGAAGAAGGCACGCUAGAAGGCAGGCAUUCUCGAGAGAACAGUAAAUCAGGCCAACACUCUCGACAGAGUUCCAGAGACAAAGGGAAUCAUUCCAGGCAAAACAGUCGAGAACUUCUGGUGAACGCUCCAACCGCGACUAGCGACAAGCCUACCACGAAGAGCAUCGAGAUUUAUGCCACGUUGCCAAAAAAGAAGACUCUGCGCAGCAAGGCGACGGCUGUGAACGUGAUCGAGGAUGAAGAGUACAUGUUGUACGACCGGCCGAUGCAAAGGACGGGCCUGUUCAGCCGUACGAAGCGUUGCGACGACGAUAAGAAGGACAAGAAACGGGCACGCAGCGAGGAGAGGAACAAGAACGUCUCGAAAGACUUCUCCAUCGCGCCUACCCGAUCUUCUCCCUCGCCCAAGGGAGCAAAAGUGGAAAAGUCGAAGGAGAACGUCGACACGAACGUUGCCAACAACGCGAGAAAUUCUCAGUCAGGCAGCAUGGGCGGGGAGCAGCAGAAACAGGGCAAGAAGCAGCACAAGAUUCGCAGGAAACUGUUAAUGGGUGGGCUGAUCAAGAGGAAGAACAGAAGCAUGCCGGAUCUGCGCGAAGGGCAGGAUGGACAAACGAAUGCUAGCGCGGAGGGAGCCUCCAACACCUUGCCAAAGCAGUCGGUGGACGAUUCCAGUGUCGGUUUGAAGGGGAACGAGGUGUGCCAAUCUUUGAGCGGUUACUUGUCAGAGGGGCAUCUCGAGUUCACCGGAAAUAGCAACGGGAGCCCGAGCAGUACGAGCAAUCCGAAUCUGGAGAGAAGUCGUCUGAUGAGGAAGAGCUUCCACGGAAGUGCUGGCAAAGUGUUACAUGUGGCGAAGGUUCCACCGCCUCCUCCGCUCAGGACCACUUCUCAGCUUAGCAAGUCUAAGUGUUCGGGCGAAGUGCACAACGAGCAGCAAUCCGAAAAAUCGGUCUACCCGGCGUCAGAGGGUCAGUGUAAUCCGUCGAAUCCGUCCCAAGAGCAGAACGGAGCGUAUUGGAAUCACGUGAACGCGACCAAUUCGGCUGGCGGGGCGAAUAGAACGUCCAACUAUACCGACUACUCGUCCGAGUCUCAUUCCCUUCCGUUUUUGCCCUCUUACGCCAUGGAGCAGAACGCCGCGAACGUAUCCCCGUCGUGUCCAUCGGGCUACAACAGCAAACCGAGAAUCCAGGAUGACGUGGUGCAGUACGCCAAUGGUAUCCUGUACGAGCCCACGUUCGUGGUCACCAGAGCGGAUGUGCACAACGAACAGAGUCCUGUGAAACAGCAGAAUCAGUUAGAUUCAUUGCCUCCCUAUCCCGAGAGCGGGAACGUUUCUCAUUCGAGGCAACCCAGCGAAGAUUUUCCUCCUCCACCGUAUCCUUCUAUUCACUCUGUAUCCCAUUCGAGGCAAGCGAGCGAAGACUUUCCACCUCCCCCGCCUCCGAUCGACGAGAGCUCUACCAAUCACAUUCAGGAGAGUCAACAACAAUACCAGCAUCAGUAUCAACAACAGCAACAGCAGCAGCAACAGUACCAACAACAGUAUCAGCAGCAGCUGCUGCAACAGGCGGCCGUGUCAACGCAGCAACAACGUCAACAGGAAUUGGACAAUCAGCAUAUCAUCAGUCUGUUGUCUCAAUUGCAGAUGAAGAGGGAUCAGAUUAUGACCUGUGACCCUUCCAGGGAGGAGAAGAGACUCGAGGAUCAGGAGGAAGAGGAAAAAUCGUCCGGUGUGACUUGGCUGCGUGAGUUGCAAGCUAAACAGGCGGAAAGGAGGAUGAAGAAACAGGGUCCAUUCGAACAGGAUGCAUCGAAGGGUAGAUCGUCAGCUCCUAGCAUUCAAGGACCGACGAUCGCUCGAAGAACGAGCGAUCUGAUGAUGAAUAGUCUUGGACAAAAUUAUGAUCAGACUAGUCGCGACGUACCUGAUUGUCCAAGAGUUGUUUCCUCCGUGAAAGAUAUGGCGGCUAGAUUCGAGCAGAUUAAGCUGCAGCCGGCGAAAACAGAACCCGAACAGAAGAUCUCGAUGAAGCAAAAUGUGAAUUGCGUUUCUCCUUCGUUGAUGGAGGGUUCUCAGGAUGUACAGCGCGAGGAGGAAUCGAGGCCGAUGAAGCUUUCUACGGAAAAUCUGGCGAACUUUACCAAAACUGAAUCGAACCAGUCGAUCAUGAAUUCGAGUUUCGAGUCGAGCUCGAGUCAAAACAGUUUUAUCUCGACCACAGCCCCGAGUAAUAUCAUGCAAACGCAGCAAAGUGGAUUAAACCAGGCUAUCAUGUCGAUGUCUUUGACACUGCCACACGAGAAUGGUUUACCUAUUGACUAUCCCGAGGAUGACAUCAGCGAGGUUGCUAUGCAGAAUACUAUUCAGAACACGACGAUUCUUCCAAGCGAAGAUGACAUCGCGCCCAGGAAGGUGAAACGACGAAUAGGGAAGAAAAAGAGCGUGUCGUUCUGCGAUCAAGUCGUCCUGGUGGCCACUGCAGAGGACGACGAGAAAGACUCUUACAUACCCAAUCCCAUCCUCGAAAGAGUUCUACGUUCGGCGAUGAAUAAACCGGAAACUGCCCAAGUUCUUCGAGAGAUAAGAAGUCUUCAAGAAGCAGAGAUGAAUCGAGAGAAUUGCGCCCCUACUAAAUUUCAACAGCAAACUCUACCGUUGAAAAGUGAAGCCGACAGUGUUCCUGCGACCCCUUAUCAAGAUCAAUUAAGAAGUGUGAAUCCAAUACCUAUCCCAGAAACUAUUAAACCUCCUUUGGGAAGGCAAAAUUCGAACGAAUCUGUUGGAUCGUUGUCAGACAAGAAAUUGUGUGGUUCCUAUGGCAACGAAGGACAAGAUGUUGUGAGAGAUAGUUACACAGGGCUUCCCAAUGUUUCCAAAUCACCCACAUCCUAUUCACCUCAGCUUCAACAACAGAUAAGAUACUCUCAAAAUGGAUACAUGCCAUAUUUGCAAUCCCAGUCAACGUAUCCUCAAGCACAGAUAUCUCAUCCGAGGAAUCAAGGCAUUCCUCUGUCCCAAACCCAAAAACCAGCUAGCCCUUACCCCACACAAAUUCAAUAUACUCAGAACAACGUGCAACAACAAAAAUCAAUAUGCCAAAAGAGUACCUACCAGACUUACUACCAACUCGAGCAACAGCACAACCAGAUGAACAAACAAAUGUCCCAACAACAACAACAGCCAAACGUGAACCAGAGAAUCAUGAACCACAAUGCUAGCCCUAUAACUGUUCAACACUCGCAGCAGCAAUUCGCAUACCAGCCAACUCAAUCCCCGAACCCGUACCAGAACCAAUACAGCCACAGUUCCUAUCAAGGUUAUUCCUACCAAUCUACUGUUCCUCAGCACAGUAGAAUAAACCAACCACUUCCACAGUAUCAGCCACCGCCCAAUCCACCAGCCUCUUAUCAACAACAACAACAGAAUAUGCAAAAUUACCAACAAAGACACGAUAAUUAUCAGAGAUCACCGCAGAAGGUCGACCAGCAGAACAUAUUGGCGCCCAAUCAGACGUAUCCAAACGCGUUGCAGAACGGUCAAAUCCAGUCGAACAUGAAAUAUCCAACUUACCAGCAUCCUCCGGUUUCGAAGCAGAGCAAACAGAUGCACUUCGUCCCUACGUCGAAAGGGAGCUCGACAGUGACCCAAUCCUCCACGUCUUCUUUACAGAAACCACCUCCGGUCGGAGGCGUUGCCAGGACGGCGCCUUGCCAUCUCUGCCGGAAGAAGCAGGUGACCGAGCCCGCCAUUUAUUGUUCGGACUGCGACUUUUACAUGUCCCGUUUCCGGCCAAAAAAUUGAUGUUCUCGUCAUGAACUGUUAUUAUAUAACGAAAUAGAGAAUCGAUGAAUCGAUUAGAUAGAUAGAAGAUGAUUUUUGUAGGACGUGUAUAGAUGAAGUAUAAAUAUAGCGUAGGAUAGGAGUAUCUAUACUAAGCUUCUUUUUUUUCUUUCUUUCUUUUUCUUUUGUAUGUUGAACAACGAUGUAUAGAAAAAAAACGAGCAAUAAUUACACGUAGGAAAAAUAUUUCUUUAAAUAUUCGAAUUUGUUAAGUUUCCUUUUUUCUUUCUCUUUUUUUGUUUGUUUCGAAGUGUAUGUUAAAUUGUUAUUUAAGUAUACAAAAUUUUAGAAAGAGUGAUAAAACACUCUCCGCUUUUGUACAAAGUUAAGUUAGUAGUAGUAUCGUCGAAGACCUUCAUCGUGCAGCUAUUGAAUAGAUUUACUCGUUGUACCAUUGAUCUUGUGUACUUACUUAGAAGACAUUUGUAAUUUAUAGAUGGAUCAUGUAGAAAGUACUUUAGUCUCGUGUAUCGGCUACGUUCUCGUUUUAGUAUUUUAGUAAAACGUACCGAAUAUAUUGUUUUUUUUUUGUAUCAUUUAUUACUUCUUACGUUUUUGUGUUGUAUAUAGAUUGUUUCAACGUAAUGUUUAAGUUUUUUGUAUAAAAUCGAUGUAAAAAUCGAGUUUUUAGAAUUUUACGAGGAAGCGUUUCCGUUUCACGCAUACAAAUGUAUUAAAAUCCGCAUCAAUUCUACUUUGAGAGACAAUUUUGUCAGAAUUGUGAUACUAGCCAUGCUACAAUAGAGUCUUAUAUAUGUAGAUGGAUCGCGCAGUCGCAAAAUCGUGAGAAACAACGGAAGCGUGGACAUGAUCUCUGUUAAAGAAAAAAAAAAAAAUAAACGUGAAGAUUUAUAUUUUAUGUUGAUAGGUGUUAAUGUUACGUAUAAUUAUUGUGUACUUAACGAUUACGUUGUAUUGUACGAUUGUCUAUAUGUAUUAGAUCGAUGUACAAAUCCUCGUCCCCGAUUUUAUACGUUUUGUAUGAGUAUUUUGUUUUAAAAAUACUUGAUUUCCUUCCGUAUGAAAUUGAAUAAAGCGCUGUCGAAAUAUUUCAAA